GUUAUGUAGAGCUAGCAAAACAGCUGCAAUUUGUGGUUGGAAAACUUGCAAAAUGGAAAUGGCGAGUAGCAGAUCAUCAAAAAAGCAUCAAACAAGGACUCAGAAAAUGCAAAGAAAGAAACGGAUGGAAGAGCUUCUGAAAUCAGCUUACUCUUCAUAUAAAAACCAUCUUUCUGAUUCCCCUCUUUACAACAACUCAAAUGCUCUAUCUUUAUUUCUUGAGUCUGGACGUGGAGAUAAACUAUCAUCUAAUUUGAAGGAGUACAUCCAAAAGCUACUUAAGAUUAAUAUGGAGGGCCCAUAUGGAGCGGAGUGGCCAGAGGAAGAAAAAGUGAAGCGUAGAGAAAUGUCAUCUCCUGAAGCACUGUAUAUUUUUGUAUACAAGGGUCCAAGCACUCCAAGUAAAGCAGAGGCACCCAUAAUUGGAUUUGUACAUUAUCGGUUCACCAUUGAGGAGGAAAUACCUGUACUUUAUGUUUAUGAAUUGCAGCUUGAAGAAGCUUAUCAAGGGAUGGCGGUUGGAAAGUUCCUGAUGCAAUUAGUUGAAUUAAUUGCUUGCAAGAACUGCAUGGGUGCUGUGGUUCUCACUGUACAAAAACGAAACACUUCAGCGAUCAAUUUCUACCUGAAUAAGCUUAGUUACAAUAUAUCAGCUAUUUCUCCUUCAAAAGUUUAUCAGUCGCUGGGCGUGAUAGGAGAAGAUAAGAGUUAUGAGAUUCUUUGUAAAACAUUUGACCAUGAAGCUAAAGCUGUAUUAGAGGAAGAAUGAAGUCCAAAGGAGUUGCUCAGAGUCUGGAUCAGCAUAGUAUUGUUAAUGAGCGAGAUUUCAUUAUCUGAUUCUCUGGUAUGUAGACGAACUAGAAAGCCUCGAUUAGCACAACACAGGUCCAAAGGACUAGCUCUCCAACCGUUGCUUGCUGCUGUUGCUCUCCAACCAUUUUAACAAAAUGGAGUAUAUUCUUGUGGUAUUGUGGAAUUGCAAAGUCAGUUAAAUUUGAUGGUUGGCUUUUAGUGAUUUGGUAUCAGAUGAAAUUGCCCUUUCAACAUAUAUUGAAGUUUGUCUUUUUUGAAUCUUCAUCAGUAUCGCAAAAAAAUGUUAUCUAAAUUGAAGGGCAAGACAUCAGUCUUGAAUUUGUAGCGGUAUUUGUAGGUUUAAUUGGUUUAGUUAGAAGUUUUAAGUUAAGUUUUAAGUUGCAUGGAGUAAGCAAUUCAAGUCUUCAUGUGUGGCUGCUUGGUUUAGGACUUGAAUAAGCAGUCUUCAAGUCUUUGUUUGGGUUUUAUGUUUCAUUGUUUAGCUCAUUAGUUAGUCUUAGUAUUUAGUUUAACAAGGUUUCAUGGAAGUGUACCUUGAGAAUGGUACACAAUGGACAAAAUGGGGGGUCAUUUAGCGAGUCUAUAGGUAGUAGUGGUUACAGUAUUAGUUAGUACGAGUAGUUUGUUUGUUAUUUUCUGCAUUGGAAUAUGAUUGAUAGACCUAAAAUAUAAACAAAGAUUUGUCAAA